AUGGCAGACUGCUUCAGACGUCCCGACCCGCUGGUGUUUGAUGGCAACAUUGCGGAGAACUGGCGCGUUUUUGAGCAAGAAUACGACAUUUUCGUCGCGGCAGCUCAUUCAGACAAGUCUGCACGGACAAGAGCCUACAUUCUCCUGAAUCUAGCAGGCCCUGAAGCAAUCGAGAGGGAGCGCUCUUUUGUCUAUGCAGCGGAGGAACUGCGAGAACACACAGCCAUUGAUCGGACUCUCCAGACCCUCAGCGGCGUCAUCAGACAUGGCUGGCCAACUGCUGACAUCUUUGAAUGGCACGGCCAGCAGUAUCUGGUGCUUGUGGAUUCCUUCUCGGGCUGGUUCGAGAUCGACCUGUUAAACAACAUCACGUCGGCUAAUGUGAUCUGCAAACUAAAAAGGCACUUCUCGGUCCAUGGAGCCCCUCACACUCUGAUCACAGAUAAUGGACGACAGUUCACAAGUAUUCUAUACAAAGGCAGUGGGGAGAACCAGUUCAUCUCGCUGCAGCCUCCUGUCAUCUCCACGGUGAUGGGAAAUGGGCGUCGCCGGAGCAUCUCAUGUCCCAGUUGUAACGGUCAGGCUCUGGGCAACAAGCUGCUGGCCCCGGUGGCUCUGGCCUGGGGCAUCGACGGAAGCCUCUAUGUGGGAGACUUCAACUACAUCCGCCGCAUCUAUCCAUCUGGCAACGUGACCAGCAUCAUGGAGCUCCGAAAUAAGGACUUCAGACACAGUAAUAACCCAGCACACCGGUACUACCUGGCCACAGACCCAGUCAGCGGCCAGCUAUACGUGUCUGACACCAACUCCAGGAGGAUCUACAGACCCAAGACCCUGAGCCUGACCAAGGACAUCCAGGCCAACGCAGAGGUGGUGGCAGGGACCGGAGAGCACUGCCUGCCCUUCGACGAGAACCACUGUGGGGAUGGGGGCAAGGCUCCGGAGGCCCCCCUCACCGGGCCCAAAGGUGUGGCAGUGGAUAAGAAUGGCCUCCUCUACUUUGUGGAUGGGACCACAAUCCGGAAGGUGGAUCAGAACGGGAUUAUCUCCACGUUCCUAGGAUCCAAUGACCUGACCUCUGCACGACCCCUGACCUGCGACACCAGCAUGGACAUCAGCCAGGUGAUCUUGGAGUGGCCCACAGAUUUGGUUGUGAGCCCCAUGGAUAACUCUCUGUACGUCCUGGACAACAACAUCGUGCUGCGCAUCACUGAGACGGGACAGGUCAGCAUCGCCGCGGGCCGCCCCACCCACUGCCCGCUCGCUGCCUUCGACCGGGGCCUGGCGGGCGGACAGAGGGCCCUCCUCACGCCCCUGGAAUCAGCUGUGUCCAUCGCCAUCUCGUACCAUGGGGCCAUCUACAUCUCGGAGACAGACGAACGUAAAAUGAGCCGCAUCCGCAUGGUUUCGGUGGAUGGCGAGAUCACGCAUUUGGCCGGAGCGCCGUCAGAAUGUGACUGUAAGAACGAUGCUAACUGCGACUGCUACCAGGCAGGGGACGGAUACGCCAAAGACGCUCGGCUCAACGCUCCGUCCUCGCUGGUGGCCGCUCCAGACGGGACUCUGUACGUGGCAGAUCUGGGGAACAUCCGCAUUAGGGCCAUCUCUAGGAACGGGCCCACGUACAGCGGAGGCUCCUACGAGGUGGCCUCUCCGGACGCCCAGGAGUUGUAUGUGUUUGACGGUAAUGGCACGCACCAGCACACAGCGAACCUGCUGACCGGAGAUCUCAAGUACAGCUUCGGCUACAGUUCUGAUAAUGACAUCACUGCAGCAACCGACAGCAGCGGCAACACCCUGCGGAUCCGCCGCGACGCCAACAGGACGCCGGUACGCAUCGUGGCGCCGGACAACCAGGUCAUCUGGCUCUCCAUGGGCACCAACGGAGGCCUGAAGACACUCACCGCCCAGGGGCAGGAGCUGGUAUUGCUGACCUACCACGGCAACAACGGCCUGCUGGCCACCAAGACCUCUGAGAUCGGAUGGACCACCUUCUUUGACUACGACAGUGAGGGCCGCCUCAUGAACGUGACCUUCCCCACGGGCAUGGUAAACAACCUGUACGCAGACCUGCACAGUGCUCUUACCGUGGAUGUGGAGAGCUCCCUGUCCGACGAAGAAAUGAGCCUGACAACCAACGCCUCCACCUUCAGGGUCUUCUAUUCUCUGACUCAAGACCAGUGCAAAAGCGUGUACCAGGUUGGCUUCGAUAACUCUCUUCGGAUUACCUACGCCAACGGGAUGGACACACACUACCAGACCGAGCCCCACAUCCUGGCGGGCGCUGCCAACCCCACAGUGGCCAGGCGCAACAUGAGCCUGCCCGGGGAGAGUGGAACCAACCUAGUGGAGUGGCGCUUCCGCAAAGAACAGGCCCGUGGGAAAGUCAUCGUGUUUGGACGCAAGCUCCGGGUGAACGGGCGGAACAUCUUGUCGGUGGAUUACGACCGCACCCUGAAGACAGAGAAGAUCUACGACGACCACCGGAAGUUCCUGCUGAAGAUCAUAUAUGACUCUGCUGGUCACCCGGUGCUGUGGGUGCCCAGCAGUAAACUUCUACCUGUAAAUGUGAGCCGUAGCAGCUCCGGCCAGAUCAGCGCCCUCCAGAGGGGGCCGAGCACAGAGCGCCUGGAGUAUGACAGCAUGGGCCGCCUAGUGUCCCGUACCUUUGCCGACGGGAAGAUCUGGAGCUAUACCUACCUAGAGCAGUCCAUGGUCCUGCUUCUGCACAGUCAGCGCCAGUACAUAUUCGACUUUGAUUCCCUGGACCGGCUCUCGGCUGUUACCAUGCCAAGUGUGGCCCGCUACACCAUGCAGACCAUCCGCUCCGUGGGAUACUAUCGCAACAUCUUCCACCCACCGGAAAGCAACGCGUCUGUAGCCGUGGAUUACACCGAAGACGGCCUCCUACUCAGGGUGGCACACUUUGGAACUGGUCGUAGAGUUCUGUACAACUAUCGGCGGCAGAAUAAGCUGUCCGAAGUCCUGUACGACAGCACGCGAGUUAGCUUCACUUAUGAUGAAACUGCCGGUGUGCUAAAAACAGUAAAUCUUCAAAGCGAAGGCUUCAUCUGUUCUAUACGCUACAGGCAAAUAGGCCCGCUGAUAGAUCGGCAGAUAUUCAGGUUCAGCGAAGACGGAAUGGUGAACGCACGCUUUGAUUACACCUACGACAGCAACCUGCGUGUCACCAGUGUGCAGGGUGUGAUCAACGAAACCCCACUGCCUAUAGAUUUGUACCAAUUUGACGACAUAUCUGGAAAGAUUGAGCAGUUCGGCAAAUUUGGCGUCAUUUACUAUGACAUAAACCAGAUCAUAUCCACUGCGGUCAUGACUUACACCAAGCACUUUGAUGCACACGGACGAAUUAAGGAAAUCCAGUAUGAAAUCUUCCGCUCGCUGAUGUACUGGAUCACAUUUCAGUAUGACGAUGUAGGCAGGCUGACUAAACGGGAGCUGAAGAUUGGACCGUUCGCCAACACCACUAAGUACGCCUACGAAUAUGACGUGGAUGGCCAGCUCAUGACGGUGUAUUUGAACGAAAAAGUCAUGUGGCGCUAUACCUACGACCUGAACGGGAAUCUGCAUUUGCUCAACACUGGAACAAGUGCACGCUUACUUCCACUAAGAUAUGAUUUGCGCGACCGCAUCACUCGUCUAGGGGAUGUUCAGUAUAGACUGGAUGAAGAUGGCUACUUGCGCCAAAGGGGGGCAGAGAUUUUUGAAUACAACUCUAAGGGCCUGCUGGUGAGGGUGUACAGCAAAAGCACCGGAUGGACUAUUCAGUACCGCUACGACGGGUUGGCACGCAGAGUUUCCGCCAAGUCUAGCUUAGGUCAACAUUUGCAGUAUUUCUAUGCUGAUCUCAGCUACCCAGCUCGGAUUACCCACGUCUACAACCACUCCAGCUCAGAGAUUACCUCAUUCUACUAUGAUCUCCAAGGACACCUGUUUGCAAUGGAGAUAAGCAGUGGCGAAGAGUUCUACAUUGCUUGUGACAAUACCGGAACGCCGCUCGCCGUGUUCACAAGCAACGGGCUGCUCGUCAAACAGCUCCAGUACACUGCGUACGGGGAAAUCUACUUGGACUCGAAUCCAGACUUCCAGCUGGUGUUGGGCUUCCACGGAGGCCUCUAUGAUCCACUGACCAAGCUGCUGCACUUUGGAGAGAGGGAUUAUGACAUCAUGUCUGGCAGGUGGACGGCCCCCGACAUCUCAAUGUGGAAGAGGGUUGCCAAAGAGCCUGCCCCAUUUAACAUGUACAUGUUUAGAAAUAACAACCCCAUCAGCAAAGUCCACGAAGUCCGAGAAUAUGUGGCAGACAUCAACAGCUGGCUUGUCACGUUUGGUUUUCAUCUCCACAACACCAUUCCUGGGUUCCCGGUGCCGAAGUUUGAUAUAGGCACGGCUUCAUAUGAACUGAUCAAGAGCCAGCUCUGGGACGACCUGCCGGCCAUCUCUGGGGUCCAGCAGGAAGUAAGCAGACAGGCACACUCGCUCUUGUCUUUUGAGCGUCUGCCAGAAGUCCAUCUGCGCCGCGGCCGCAGAGGUGAGAAGUCCUGGCUCUGGUUCUCUGCUGCGCUGUCUCCUAUCGGUCGAGCUGUGAUGUUUGCCAUCUACAAAGGCAGCGUCCACACGCACUCUCUCAAUGUGGCCAGUGAGGACUGUGUGAAGGUGGCCACGAUCCUCAACAACGCUUUUUACCUGGAGCACUUGCACUUCACUGUGGAGGGCCGUGACACGCACUACUUUGUGAAGCCGGGUCUUCCGGACUCAGACCUGGCUGCGCUGCACCUGACCAGUGGUCACAAGACACUGGACAACGGCAUCAAUGUGACCGUGUCCCAGUCCACCACAGUUAUGGACAGUCGUACACGGCGCUUCGCAGACGUGGAGAUCCGCGCAGGUGCGUUGGGUCUGCACAUCCGUUAUGGCUCCACAGUGGACGAGGAGAAGGCUCGCGUAGUGGAGCUGGCCCGACAGCGCGCUCUGGCCGGAGCCUGGGCCAGUGAACAGCAGCGAGUUCGAGACGGAGAGGAAGGGGUCAGGCCCUGGACUGAAGGCGAGAAGAGACAGCUUCUUAGCGGAGGGAAAGUGCUUGGCUAUGAUGGCUAUUAUGUGCUCUCUAUUGAGCAGUACCCAGAACUGGCAGACAGCACCAAUAACAUCCACUUUCUUCGCCAAAGUGAAAUUGGUAAAAGGUAA